UCUCCAGCAACCAAGGUACUGUAUCGAGGAACGACUUCCAGUCCUAACCAUGCGCUUCUGCUUCGUCGUUCUUGUGGCUGCGGUCGCCCUCUUCUCGACCACCAACACUGUGGCUGCUGCCAACACCAAGGUGGAGUCGUCGGAUGCUGUUCGUGCGCUCGCUGACCAGAACAACGUGGACGUCGAGCGUCUCCUGCGGAUCGUCGAAGAGACCGAGGACGUCGAGGACCGCGCCGUCGGCGCCUCGGUGCUGCAGAAGCUCAAGGACGCGGUCAUGAAGAUCAAGUUCAGCUCCUGGUACAACGCCAACAUGACGCCGACGGAAGUCAACACGAUGCUCAUCGCGCAGGGCGGCAAGGUGGACUGGGUCGUGGCCACGGCCUACGCGGCGUACUUCCGCAAUCUCAAGUACGGCCCGUACGGGAUCGACAUGGUCAACAGGAAGAAGAAGGAGGAGGAGGACACCGCUUAG